CGAGGAGAACACAGUUUAAGGCUGAAUUAAGGAGUAUUAUUUUGUUUUCAGUAUGAUAUCAUAUCAAAGUUCUGAUGACAACGAAGUUAAAAAAGUAGCUAAUUUUUCCGACUGGCCUCUAGCUGCUUUCAUAUGCCUAGGGAUAGCCCUUUAUCUCAUUCUGCUCGUGAUAGUGUUGUUGGUGCGCCGCUGUGUGGUGCGCAAGACAGGCUGCAGUGCCGCCUGCUGUACGGGAGGCGACAGCUGUUCUCGCCUGGGGCUCGCCUGCGCAGAAACCUGCGCUCCUCCGCCCGCCUGCGUCGCCUGUGCGCAGAACAAAACCACCUGCUGCACCGCACCGACAUGUGGGUGCACUGAUGCCUGCACUGCAAUAGACCAGUGGUGCAGUGGAGGAGGCUGGUGCACUGGAGGGGGCUGGUGCAGUGGAGGAGACUGGUGCAGUGGAGGAGGCUGGUGCACUGACAAAAACUGGUGCAGUGGAAACGGCUGGUGCACUGGAAAGGACUGGUGCAGUGUAGUCGAGUGCACUUCCCUGGACUGUUUGUGUUGCGAGAUAACAUGCAAGGGUAAACCUGCGCCCAGUGCUUGAUGGAAUGAUGGACAACCCUGCCCAUCAUCGUCAACAUAUCCAACAUUUAUCGACUUCUUUACAUGAGAAUUCUGUUAAAACAGAAGUGUUUUUGAGGCAAAUUACCAUAAUUAGUGCAUUUCAAGCAUCCAAGAAUUUCGGGGAUGAGGGACAACGUUGCCGAUGUAUAGUGGUCACCCAUUAAAAUAAAAGUCUCAAAUUAAAUCAUUCAAUCUUAUUAUGUUUCAGUAUAAUUUCAGGUAUGGUCGUUGUUGAUUUAUCCUUAAAUGAUAUACUCCGAUGUAUUAUAUCUAUAAUAGGGUUCGACUAUGUAUUUAGUUUAGUUACCGGUCAAAACAAUUUUCUAGGAAUUCUUAGAAAAUUUUGA